AUGGAACAACGAGUUAUCACUAACGCCCUUCCUAUAUUAAUUCUAGGACUAGGAUGGACAGGCCAAUUUUUAGCCGAGCUUAUGAUUUCUAUGAAUUUAAACUUUGCUGCUACAACUCGAGAUGGUAGAAAUGAUACAAUUCAAUGGUCAUUACCGAAUAUUUGUCAUGAUGUCGAUGUAACACAAUUGCCGUAUUCUAAGACUGUUCUCAUCACAUUCCCAAUCAUGCAACCUGAAUGUCUGACAGUUUUAAUGGAUUCUUAUGAAAAAAGGCACGGUAAUCCUUCUCAAUGGAUACUAUUAUCAUCGACACGUCCUUUUGUCGGCAACCCUGCAAACAGACAUACGCCUUUAGAUAGGUCAAAGGACACAGGUCGUAUUGGAGCUGAGGAUAUUAUUCUUGAGCGUGGAGGUACGGUACUUCACCUAUCAGGGCUUUGGGGAAAUCAAAGACAACCUAAGGGCUGGGUUCCUCGAUUUUCAUCUAAAGAAGCUAUUAAAGAUAAAUUACUAAGACGUCAACUUCAUCUCAUUCAUGGUAAAGAUGUUGCAAGAGCUAUCUUGGCUGUACAUAAUCAAUUUAAACGUGGGGAAAGAUGGAUUGUUUCAGACACAGGUUGUUACGAUUGGAUUAAAUUAUUUUUAACUUGGGGAAGUAUAGAACAAAUCAAGAUAGCCAGGGAUUUAGCAAUGAAUGACAAAGACUGUCACGAGGCCUUAGGCAAUGGUUCCUUAGAAGAUAUCAUUGAAAACAAUAAGAUUCAUCCUAGACUCGAUUCAACUGAAUUCUGGGAAACCUUUGGAUUAAAGCCUACCGAGUUUUUAAGCAUCGAGUAA